GUGAGCAAGCAGGACAGAUCCAACUCGGAGGCGGAGGAGGAGGAGCCAGACCAGACGAGGACGAGGCGCCGCUCAGGCGCAGCAGGAGAGAAGGAGAAGUAGACUAGUAGUCAAAAGUUAUCAGCCUCUGCUCGAGUAAUGGCGUCGGUGCACGGGAGUCGCAAUCCUCUUCGUUUCUUCAACUGGUUUCGUUCAAGGAAAGAUGACUGUCUUCCUGGCCGAGGCACACGAUACGACGCCGGUGCUGGAGGCGACAUCAAAGGAAACGUGUAUUAUGAUGUCAAGGUGGGUGAUACAUUAGAAAGCAUAGCAAGGCAAUUCGACAUUGACAGUCGGUUCUUGGUAGAGGCAAACGACAUUCUGAACCCUAAGAACAUUUCGCCAGGUCAAGUCCUCUGGAUUCCGAAAAUAUACGUAGUGAAGAAGGGGGACACGUUGUUGGACAUCGCGACCUUGUUCGGUGUCCCGAUGGCCAGGCUGCAGGAGGUCAAUGGGAUCGAGGAUCCCGAUUUCAUCUUCGAGGGUGACGCCUUGGUAAUUCCCCCUACUCCAGCCAAGUGAAGGGGGGUAGGGUAGGGUCGGGUAGGGUGAGGUAGGGCGGAGUUUGCAAGAACCUGCUCCAACUUGCAGGCCAGAUUCAAGGAGUGUGUGAUACCUGUCGUCGUUCUCCUGCUGCCAGUGUCUAGAAGCAGAAGAGAGGCAGAAGAAGAGAAGAGAACGCAGAAAAGGAAGUCGCUUAGAAGAAGAGAAGACAGUGUGUGACUUGAACUCACUUCGAAGUCUUUUUCAAGACAGGGUCAGGAGGAGGAUGAGAAACUUCCCCUCGUUCUCAUGGUGUGCAUCAGGAGAGUGGUUGAAAAACUUAUCCUCCUCCUCAUGGUGUGCACCAGGAAAGAAGGCGACACAGAAGACGAGAAUACGACGCCGAAGGAGACUCGAUUCUCAAUUUCUCAUGCUGUUUAGAAGAAAAAAGAAGAUGACACAGAGAUAAGAAGAAGAUGCAGAAGAAGAGACGACGAGGAAGACGAAGAGAAGACGACGAAGAAUAGGAAUUGCUGCUGACCGUGGUGAAUCUGGUGAUGGUAUCAGUCUUUUUCAUUUGCUCACGACAAUGACGAUGACGACAGCGAAGACGAAGAGAUGGAGAUGAAGACGAAAAAGAAGUAGAAGACGUAGGAGAAGCGGUAGAAGAAGAGGGAGGAGAAGAUUGGAAAGAUGGAGAUGAAAUAGAAUAAGAAGGAAGGAAGUUCAAGGUAAUCGAAGCUGAUACUGUUGUGACGGGCGAUAGUAUAGAUGUUGUCGUUGCAGUUUGUGUUUUUUUCAUGUUCAUGCUGUGUGUUCUGUUUUCGGUUCUUACGUUGCCUUGUACUGUUAAGUAGUAGGGAGUACUACUAGGGACGACGGCAUGGAACACGUAAUGAGUGUGUGUUGGAAGGCUGCGCCCUUUCUGAAAUUAAUAAUGUUCUCCCCAUCUUUCAUGGGCGGCAAAUCUCGGCAGUCUAGCGAAAGCUGGGCUCUGGUAUAGUCGCUUUAUUGUUUAGUAUAGUAACUGUCUUUUUCUUCUUUUUUUUUUCGAUAUAGUAAAAAAAGUUGUCCUAUCGAUGAAUCGAAUGGAUAUGUCUAUUGUUUAGUAUAGUUCCUUUUUUUUUUGGUGAUAUAGUAAAGCUCUCCUGUCGAUGAAUAGAAUUGACAUGUCUAUUGUUUAGUAUAGUAACUGUCUUCUUCCUUUUUUUUGGGGUGACAAGUAAAAGCUCUCUUAUAGAUGAAUAGACUGGACUUGCUUUUGUUUUGUAUAGUAACUGUGUUUUUUCUUUUUCCUUUUUCCUGUUUUUCGUGAUGUAAAGCUAUCCUAUAGAUGAAUAGAAUGGACAAUGUCCUGCGCGAUGAAGGGCACGGACGGAAUAAAGUUUCCGCUCCUUCGGAGUGACGGGGAGGAUAGAAGCGAAUGCUGAGAUGGUUGUGCUCCGACGAAAUUCCUUAUGCAGUAUGCAGAAAUGAAUGAGAGGCGGUGAUGAAGUUACAUGGCUGUGUGAAUUGCUUAGUGAAUUGUCAAUAUUGUCGAUAGUAGUGUGCAUUCCUUUGGGCCUCGUUGCGCUACACUAGACUCUCGUACUUUCUCGAGUGCAUAAGAGCUUAGUCAGACGGCACGAGACGACCCAUCUUAUCCCGAACGUCACACGUGUAUUCGUUCACAACGCAUGUGCGUUAUGUUCGGGGUAAGACGGGUAGAUGGAACUUUCGAGACGUCGAGAGCCUGCAACACUUCUGUGGUAGGCGUGAAGUCCUUAUUGGCAGAGCUACGCACAUGCGAGCGUAGGAUUUUCUUUUUUUUUCUCUUCCUUUUUUUUUUUCCAAUUUUUGCUUGGGGAUUGAAUGAUGAUUGGAGGAUGGAAUCGAUAACGGAAGUUGCGAUUGGUCAAACCAGUUUGUGAGCAUGUUUUUUUUUUCUUCAGUUUGACCAAGAUUAAUAAACCAGCUUUUCGUUU